AUGUUCCUGCAACUCCUGGGCCUGCUAGCCCUCGCAUACCUGGUUUGGGGUCUAGUGACGGUGGAGAUUAAUUACCGUCGCGCCUCAGCCAUGGGGAUUCCCCUAGUGCGUCUCUAUGUCGACCCUCAAAACUCGCUCUGGAUGGUGUUCGAACCGAUUGUCUGGCCGUGGCUCGAACGGCUGCCGAUCAACUGGCGCAAUUACAGCUUCGGUCGCUACUCUCGCCGGGGAUGGUAUUUCGCCGACAGAGGGGAGUCCCACCAACGCUAUGGUCCCAUAUGGGCCAUCGUCACCCCCCGGGAUAUUUACAUUAAUGUCGCUGACUCGGAGGCAAUCCACGAUAUCUUCCAGCGGCGAGCGGAUUUUAUUCGGCCUAGUAAAAUGUACAAGGUACUUGAAGUUUAUGGACCCUGUAUCUCGACCGCAAGUUGGGUGGACUGGCCACGUCACCGGAAAUUCCUGGCCACUCCCUUUAACGAGAGGGUCAUGUCCUUCGUGUGGGAUGAAAGUGUCGAGCAAACCCGUCACAUGGUGGAUAUCUGGACUUCGUCCUCUGAUAAUAACAGCCAGAUUCCCAGCGUGGCAAAGGAUACGCGUACCCUCUCGCUAAAUGUUCUUGCUGCCACAGGAUUCCGCAAAUCAAUGCCCUUCCAUAGUAGCGCAAGCAGCUGCCGCAGCAAUAAGAACACCGUGGAUAAAGAUGACCGAAACGAGUCGGUUGGCUACCGUGAUGCGCUCCAGACCGUACUAGAUAACUGUAUUCUACUGAUGUUAAUACCGCGGAAAUGGCUCACACUUUCAUUCGCCCCAAGGUCGUGGCAUCAGCUCGCCAAAGCUGCCGAUGAUUUUCAACAGUACAUGGUCCGCAUGCUGGAUGAGGAGACCAAGGCAUUGAAUAAGGGAAAGGCUGGCACGGGCGGCCUCAUGACCUCGUUCGUGCGGGCAAUGGACCUGAAGCAGAAGGAAGACGCUCAGGGCAAAAAAGGGACAAGCGGCUCCCCGCCAAAAGGGCUCGCAGUCGACGAGAUCUUUGGUAAUAUCUUUGUUAUCAACUUUGCUGGUCACGAUACAACUGCCAAUACGCUGAGUUUUGGGGUGCUUCUUUUAGCUGCAUAUCCAGAGAUUCAAGAUUGGGUGGCCGAAGAACUGCAUGCUCUUGACGACGACAUUAAAGGUCACUACGCCGAUCUUUUCCCCAGACUGAGUCGCUGCAGAGCUGUCAUGCUCGAAACCCUUCGGCUCUUCCCGCCUAUUAUGUCCUUGCCUAAGUGGACCAGCGAUCAGCCUCAACAGCUGAAAGUGGGUGAGAGAACUAUAAUUGUUCCUUCUAACGUUGGGGUACAUCCAAGCCUUCUUGACAUGCACAUUCACCCUCAGUAUUGGGAAGAUCCUAUGGCCUGGAAACCCUCGCGAUGGGUAACAACAGAGGCAGCGAUAGGUGUAACCGAACAGGUUAUCUCCCCACCACUGUGCAAGUACUUUCCAUGGUCGGACGGACCCCAGAAUUGCCCCGGGAGAGACACGCGCAAGGGUUCUCGCUACGACGAGGGAUGUUGA